CACUGUUCUACUUUAUUUGGAAAUAGGCCAAGGUUUCCCCCUUCUGUUUGAGGGAAGGCCGCCUGAGAGAAAGGAAAGAUGCAGUGAGAGAAAGAUGCUGCUCAAGUCAAGUAUGCAGAUCGAGGAAAAAGAAGAAAUGGAUUGGAAGAGGCAUGAGAGAGGAAGAGACAUAUCUUGAAAGAGAAGCUGAUGGCAUAUUGGCAGUGAAAGGGAGCAGAGUUACAGUCUCUCUUGUCUUUAUAGCACUGAGGAGGAAGUCGAACUGUGUGAAAGAGGUGGAGAAACUGCAGGAGAAGAGAGAGAGGCGUCGGCUUCAGCAACAGGAGCUCAGGGAGAAGAGAGCUCAGGAGGUGGAUACGACGAUUCCUAACUAUGAGAUCAUGUACAUGAUCCGAGAUUUCCGAGCCAGUCUAGACUACCGGCCACUGACCACAUCAGAUUUGAUUGAAGAGCACAGAAUAUGUGUUUGUGUGAGGAAACGUCCACUCAACAAAAAAGAAUUGUCCAUGAAGGAUUUGGAUGUGAUCACCAUCCCCAGUAAGGAUGUGGUGAUGGUGCAUGAACCUAAACAAAAAGUGGACCUGACUCGCUACCUGGAAAACCAGACAUUCCGCUUUGACUACGCUUUUGAUGACAGCACCACCAACGAGAUGGUUUACAGGUUCACUGCCAGACCUCUAGUGGAGACCAUCUUUGAGAGAGGCAUGGCCACUUGCUUCGCCUACGGACAGACGGGCAGCGGAAAAACACACACUAUGGGUGGAGAUUUCUCUGGGAAGAACCAAGACUGCUCCAAAGGAAUUUAUGCGUUAGCUGCUCGGGAUGUAUUUCUCAUGUUGAAGAAACCCAACUACAAGAAAUUAGAUCUACAAGUGUAUGCGACCUUCUUUGAAAUCUACAGUGGAAAGGUGUUUGACCUGCUGAAUCGUAAAACUAAGCUGAGGGUGCUGGAGGAUGGGAAACAGCAGGUGCAGGUUUUGGGGCUUCAGGAGAAGGACGUGAGGUGCACAGAGGACGUCCUGAAACUGAUAGAAGUGGGAAACAGCUGCAGAACAUCAGGGCAGACGUCAGCCAACGCUCACUCAUCUCGCAGCCACGCUGUAUUCCAGAUAAUUCUUCGGAGGAAGGGCAAGAUGCAUGGCAAGUUCUCCCUCAUCGACCUCGCAGGAAAUGAGAGGGGCGCUGACACGUCGAGUGCCGACCGCCAGACGCGGCUGGAGGGAGCUGAGAUUAACAAAAGCCUGCUGGCGCUGAAGGAGUGCAUCAGGGCUCUUGGCCACAACAAGCCCCACACUCCAUUUAGAGCCAGUAAGCUGACCCAGGUCCUUAGAGACUCCUUCAUUGGGGAAAAUUCACGCACAUGCAUGAUUGCAACAAUCUCUCCUGGUCUGACAUCGUGUGAAAAUACACUCAACACACUACGCUACGCCAACAGAGUCAAGGAGCUGACUGUGGACACCAACCAAGUGAUGGAGGGUGGUCGACCCAACAUCCACGCUGUCAAUCAGCUGGAUCUUUUAGAUGAGCAGUGGCUGAGUAUCUCACACACAGAGAGAUCGACUUCAAACUGCUCUGUGAGCAGAAUAAUCUUUUUGACCUGGCCAGCUAUUAAAGAGAUCUCCAUCAAUCGGCUUAAGGUUUACCGCAGUGAACCAGAGAUACUGGUGGCUGUUCCUGGCUGA